AUGUCUGGAUACUUCAACCAUCUCUCUUCAAGCGCUCAUUUCACAAAUAUUCAAGCAGAUCAGGGCCUCAUAAGUGACGCUAGUGGUACAAGCGGUGAUCAUGGCAGUAGCAGUAUGAUUGAUUUCGCUCUACAACUUGAAGAACUGAGCCUGGAAGAGAAAAUAGUUAAGGAGUUCACCCUAUUCCAGAGCAAGAACAUGGACUUAUUGCAAGAGACGGCGACGGCGAGUCCGAAUACUAAUCACUCCUUAAGACAGAGCCAAAUUCAAGGUUGGUAA